UAGGCUGGGUGACCAAGAAAGAGCUGAACAGGUGAAUUCGCGCCGUAUGUCCCGCUAUCACAAAGGUCAGAUCGCUGUAUCUCCACAUGUUUGGCGGCAAGCAUGCCGGUUCUGUUGCAAAUCUGCCGUCCCUCAUUCGCACCUUUCGCCGACCCCAUGGGGUAGAGUAUGCUUAACUACAUUCUCCUCUGAACGUCCAGAAAGAGUUAUAAUGGCUGGACCCGACUGCAUGGUCAACGGGACAUAUAUUCACUCAAAUCACAUUCAACUUUCUGAAGGACACUGAUCUAGCACCAUGGGCUUCUCACAAGCCAAAGAAGCCGAAGAGCGAGUCGAGCGAGUCGACACUACGGGAUCUAUACACUCCCUCGACAGUUUGGACAAGAAGAACUUGCACGACGAUGCCCUAGCAGGUCAACAGCUUGCUGCCGAGUGGGUCAAUGGAAGUUCAGCCGAGCGAAAGCUGGUGAGGAAGCUUGACUGGCGCAUCCUACCAUGCUGCUGGACAUUGUACUUGCUUGGCUUCCUCGACAGAGCGAACAUUGGUAACGCAAAGACGGGUGGUCUUGAAGAAGACUUCAAUCUUACCUCAAACCAAUACUCGAUCAUCGUACUGGUCUUCUUCCUCUCGUACCUGGUCUGCGAAGUGCCAGCAAACAUGAUCCUUACCAGAGUGAAGCCUCACAUCUUUCUUCCUGGUCUGGGUCUUGUCUGGGGUACUUUUGCUGCGCUCAUGGGAGCUACUCAGAAUUGGACCCAAUUGGCUGGCAUGCGCUUUCUUCUCGGUGUCGCUGAGGCAGGCUUUGCACCCGGGUGUGCCUUCUUCCUAUCGUCGUGGUACCGUAAAUACGAACUGGCUACACGAUUUGCGUUCUUGUACAGUUCCGUCCCGAUCGCAGGUGCUGUGUCAGGGUUACUUGCCGGCUUGAUCACUGAUUACAUGGAUGGCGUAUCUGGCCUCGCCGGUUGGAGAUGGCUGUUUAUCCUUGAGGGUUUGGCAUCCGUGAUCGCCGCUACGAUCAUCUUCUUCCUGAUGCCUGACUACCCAUCAACCUCCAAGCGUUUCCUGAACGAGGAAGAAAGCAUUCUGGCUUGCAACAGACUAGCUGCCGAUGGUAUCGCUAUGGCCCAAGGGGCUGGUCGUGUGCCAAUUCCCCACUGGACUGCGUUCAAGAUGACAGUCUCGGACUGGAGAGUAUGGGCUCAGUGCGUGCUUUUCAUCCUCGUCACCGGAUCUCAAACUAUGCAAUACUUCAUCCCAACUUUGGUUAAAAGCUUCGGAUGGACUGGCCACGUCGGUCAAUACCACACUAUCCCACCAUAUAUGGCUGCCUUGGUGUACGUUGUCGCUUGUUGUUGGCUUGCAGACAAGUUCAAGACCAAGUGGCCUUUCAUCUGCGGUCUCUCAGCGCUCGGAACUGUCCUCUUCAUUGCAGUCACUACGUCAACCAGCAGGAUGGUCCAAUACGUCUUGACCAUCUUCGCAUUCGGCACAAUUUAUGGUUGCUCGCCUCUUGUCAAGACCUGGGUGUCGGACGUGAUCCCGCAGCCAGCUGAGAAGAGAGCUAUCGCCAUCGCCCUAAUCAAUUCCAUCGGUAACGCGUCCUCCAUCUAUUCGACCUGGCUCUGGCCAAAGAAAGAUGCUCCUAGAUACAUUCCCGGCUUUGCUACAACUACUUCAUGGUUGGGACUUUUGUGCGUGUUGACGUUCGUGUUCCAGUACCUCUUCAAGAAAUAUCCUGUUGAGAGGAUGGAUCAUGCUGAGGUCAUGGCCGCAGAGCUGAGAGCGAGGAGAGAAGCUGCAGAGAAGGGAAUAAAAGCUUAGCUUUGUGUCAGGAGGUCCUCGAUGUUUGGACAGAGGAAACGGGUUCUGGGUGAUGCAAUUAAUCGGAGAUGCAAUUUCGAGUGUUUUGCGCUGAGAUAGCUUGGAUCUCGCAGAAAGAGAUCCUGGAGUGUAACAGAUAUCUUUGUAUGAUGAAUGCUUUUGACCAGCGAUUCAUGUCUUUCCCUUUCUCGAGAUCUGCCUUAGACUUGAAGCGAAUAUCAGAGCCCAGACCAUCGAGACC